AAUAAUAAUAAUAAUAAGUUUGAUAAUGAGUGAACGAGAGCAACUAACCUUAACACGCAACUACUACUAGAGAGUAGAGUAGACGCUGAGCUGAGCUGAGCCUGCACUGCUAAUCCGCUCGAGGUCGAGCGACCGACCCAACGCCGAGUCCGAUUCCGUUUCCGGGAUAACGCAAUGGCUGGGCCGCAGGUGCAGCAUACGCAGCGACCGAAUAGCGCCUACUACACCGGCCUCAAUGGCAAUGGCAGUGGCUCCGGUGCCGUUGCCGGCGCAUCUGCCGGCAUGGCCAGCAGUGCCUCACACACGGGCCUGGGACUGCACGCACUGCGUCAGGUGUCCAACGAGACGGAGCUGAUCUAUCGCGGCGGUCACAGCAAUGGCGCGGUCAACGAGCAGCUACCCGGCAUCAUGGCCGGACAGCGCCAGCUGCCGUCGAACAGCAGUCGCAUCAUCCAGCAGCAGCCGGGUCACAGUUCACGUGGUAACAUUGUGAGCAGCAUUGCGGGCACGGGCAGCUGUGCCACAGAUGCACUCAUUGGCACCAUUGCCACCAGCGCUGGUGCCGGCAGCAGCAGCAGCGCUCUAGCAGCGCUCACCGGCACCAGCAGUGGAGUUGGUCACGGCGGUGGUGUCGUUCUCAAAAAAUCCAACACCCAGCGCAGCAUUGAGAUCAUUGUGGAUGCAACGCAGUGCGGCAAGGAGACAGCUGACAUCGAUGAUGCGGAGCAGGGCGAAGGUGGCCAGGACUCAUCCUCAACUGUGCGCAAAUCGUCGCGUCAUCGCCAUCGGCCACUGCAUCGGCGACUGAUCAGCUAUCUGCGUAGUCUAUUCCAUGGCAGCGCCGCACAGACUGCUUUGACUGCUCUACUUUUGGCCUGGGGCUGUCUCUCCAAACAUUCCGAACUAGAAGAAUUUGAGACGCCGGCCCGAUACAGACCCGAUUCGCUGAGCGCCUUGAGUCGCGCUACCCGCUUCACAGAGGACGAAAUCAAACGAAUUUAUCGUGGUUUUAAGGCUGAAUGUCCCACGGGCGUCGUCAAGGAGGAUACCUUCAAAGUGAUCUAUUCGCAGUUCUUUCCCCAGGGAGGUUCGUGCGCAAAUCCAACAUUAUACGCACAUUAUGUAUUCAAUACCCUGGAUCAGGAUCACAGCGGCAUUGUCAGCUUUGAGGAUUUUGUUCAAGGACUUUCGAUACUGUCGCGCGGCUCGGUUGAGGAGAAACUCCGCUGGACCUUCUCCCUCUACGACAUCAACGGCGACGGCUUCAUUACGAGGGAGGAAAUGACUGACAUUGUGACUGCCAUAUACGAGCUAAUGGGCCGCCUGCCCGACGAGUGUCCCGAGGAGGAGAAAAUCAAGGGCAAGGUGGAGCACAUCUUUCAGAAAAUGGACAUCAAUCGCGAUGGAGUUGUGACGCUGGAGGAGUUCCUGGAGGCGUGCCGCAAUGACGAUGCCAUAUCCAGAUCUAUGUCCGUAUUUGAUACAGCAUUCUGA